AUGACCUUGCCUGGAGAAGCAGUGACUUCACGGUCCUGGGAAUCCUUCGAAGCAGGACCAGCUCCUCAAAUCGUGACGCAGCCAAUCAGGAGCAGAACUGAGGGGAAACAGAGGCACAAGGUUCUGGUGACCCAAAGUGUCCUCAACGUCCCAAACUGGAGGAGCAAACACAGCCAAAAUCUGCCCUCCUUCAGCCCAGCAGGAGACAAUUCCGACCUCAAUAAAAGGUGUCCGGGCGCCUUUGCUCCUCACACACCUUCAGCUCCCAGCAAGAACGGUGGAGAGAGCACAGUGGAAAAUGUGCUGGUCAGGGUGGAAAUUUGGGGAGGGAACAUCCUGGAUGAGCCCAGCUCGGGCAAUCCCCAGAAGAGUUCAGAUCUCUCUGGUACAGAGCACAGGUGGUUCCAUGACUGCGAGGAUCUUGGGUUUCCAACUCAAGCCAAAGAAACAAGACAGAGGGUCCUCGCUCCGGCCACCCUUCACUCCUCUCCCAACACCAUGUGCUCCACUGGAUGCUGUUCCACAGGAUGCUGCUCUGUCGUGAAGAGCAAGACCGUCUGCUGCACCCCCCCAUGCAAGACUGUGUGCUGCAGUCCCUGCAAGACGGUGUGCUGCUCCCCAUGCCAGCAGUCCCGCUGCUGCGACCCUUGCCAGAAAACCGUGUGCUGUGACCCGUGCCAGUCCUGCUGUGAUCCAUGCCAGAAGCCUUGCUGUGACCCGUGCCAGUCCUGCUGUGACCCGUGCCAGUCCUGCUGUGAUCCAUGCCAGUCCUGCUGUGACCCGUGCCAGAAGCCCUGCUGUGACCCGUGCCAGUCCUGCUGUGAUCCAUGCCAGAAACCCUGCUGUGACCCGUGCCAGUCCUGCUGUGACCCGUGCCAGUCCUGCUGUGAUCCAUGCCAGAAGCCUUGCUGUGACCCAUGCCAGUCCUGCUGUGACCCAUGCCAGAAACCCUGCUGUGAUCCAUGCCAGACUGUGUGCUGUGAUCCAUGCCAGAAGCCUUGCUGUGACCCGUGCCAGUCCUGCUGUGACCCAUGCCAGAAACCCUGCUGUGACCCGUGCCAGUCCUGCUGUGAUCCAUGCCAGAAGCCUUGUUGUGACCCGUGCCAGUCCUGCUGUGACCCAUGCCAGAAACCCUGCUGUGAUCCAUGCCAGACUUCCGUGUGCUGCACCAAGGUGUGCCAGAAGUCCGUGUGCUGCGUGCCCCGGCCCUGCUGCUGCCCCUGCGGGUCGCUGUCCUGCUGCUCGUGUGUGGUGAAGAAGCCCGUGGUGGUUUGUUGCACCCCCGUGAGGAAGUUCUGCACCCCCUGCAUCCCCAUCCAGCAGUGCUGCAUCAAGAAGAGCUGCUGA